CAGAGACUCCAGCUGUGCAGCAAACAGACACAAACCUACAACUGAGAUAACAGCAGACUUUACAACAGUAGAAGAUACAACAGUAGAAGAUACAACAGUAGAAGAUACACCAGUAGAAGUUACAAACAGUAGAAGAUAAAACAGUAGAAGUUACAAGAGUAGAAGUUAAAAGAGUAGAUGUUUUUUUGGGGACCACAAGCGUAAAAAGAUGUAUAAGGGAAUCUAUGAAUACACAAAUGGAUUUGAAGACGAAGAACCGAAUGAAAUAAAGACCAUUGACAUUGAUGAUCAUAUUUACAACAACAAAAGACCCAUCAUGCCCUGCAAGAAGGAUCAACAUUCAGUGUAUCUUUGGAGGUGGAAGAGACAUUUCCCAACUGCUGCAGUGUGUCUGGGGCUGCUGUGUGUUCUCCUACUGGCUUGGAUCAUAGGCCUGUUACACUACCAGAGAAACCAAUUGACCAGUUCCAACACCCUGACCAAAGAGAGAGACCAGCUACAGACCAGUUACAACACCCUGACCAAAGAGAGAGACCAGCUACAGACCAGGUACAACACCCUGACCAAAGAGAGAGACCAGCUACAGACCAGGUACAACACCCUGACCAAAGAGAGAGACCAGCUACAGACUAGCAACAACAUGCUGACCAAAGAGAGAGACCAGCUACAGACCAGCUACAACACCCUGACCAAAGAGAGAGACCAGCUACAGACUAGCAACAACACGCUGACCAAAGAGAGAGACCAGCUACAGACCAGCUACAACACCCUGACCAAAGAGAGAGACCAGCUACAGACCAGUUCCAACACCCUGACCAAAGAGAGAGACCAGCUACAGACCAGUUUCAACACCCUGACCAAAGAGAGAGACCAGCUACAGACCAGUUCCAACAACCUGACCAAAGAGAGAUACCAGCUCCAGACCAGUUACAACACCCUGACCAAAGAGAGAGACCAGCUACAGACCAGUUCCAACAACCUGAUCAAAGAGAGAGACCAGCUACAGACCAGUUCCAACACCCUGACCAAAGAGAAAGACCAGAUACAGACCAGCUACAACACCCUGACCAAAGAGAGAGACCAGCUACAGACCAACUACAACACCCUGACCAAAGAGAGAGACCAGUUACAGACCAGUAACAACACCCUUACUGCAGAACGAGACCAGCUGCAGACCAGCUACAACACCCUGACCAAACAGAGAGACCAGCUACAGACCAGCUACAACUCCCUGACCAAAGAGAGAGACCAAUUACAGACCAGCUACAACACCCUGACCAAAGAGAGAGACCAGCUCCAGACCAGUAACAACACCCUGACCGAACAGAGAGACCAGCUAGAGAGCAGCUGCAACACCCUGACUGCAGAAAGAGACCAGAUACAGACUAACAACAACAGCCUGACCAAAGAGAGAGACCAGCUGCAGACCAGUAACAACACCCUGACUGAAGAAAGAGACCAGCUACAAAAAGAGACAGAAUGUCUGAAACAAUCUUUAGUUCAGAACGUGUGUCCGGAAGGAUGGAAGAAGCUUGGUAGCAGUUGUUACUACGUCUCUACUGAGUACAAAUCCUGGGAGGAGAGCAGACAGGACUGCAGAAAUAGAGGAGCAGACCUGGUGGUCAUCAAGAGCGAAGACGAUCAGACAUUUGUCAAUUGGUUAUGCGGGGUAAAGAACUACGUCUGGAUUGGUCUGACUGACUCUGUUUCUGAGCGGACCUGGAAAUGGGUGGACGACACACCACUGACCACAAAGUAUUGGAACAGUGGACAGCCUGAUUCUCCUACAGGUAUUGGAACAGUGGACAGCCUGAUUCUAUGUUGUUUCUUCUACAGGUAUUGUAACAGUGACCAGCCUGAUUCUCCUACAGGUAUUGGAACAGUGGACAGUCUGAUUCUAUUUGUUGUUUCUUCUACAGGUAUUGGAACAGUGGACAGCCUGAUUCUAUGUGUUGUUUCUUCUACAGGUAUUGGAACAGUGGACAGCCUGAUUAUAUGUGUUGUUUCUUCUACAGGUAUUGGAACAGUGGACAGCCUGAUUCUAUGUGUUGUUUCUUCUACAGGUAUUGGAACAGUGGACAGCCUGAUUCUAUGUGUUGUUUCUUCUACAGUUAUUGGAACAGUGGACAGCCUGAUUCUGUGUUGUUUCUCCUACAGGUAUUGGAACAGUGGACAGCCUGAUUCUGUGCUGUUUCUUCUACAGGUAUUGGAACAGUGGACAGCCUGAUUCUAUGUUUUGUUUCUUCUACAGGUAUUGGAACAGUGGACAGCCGGAUUCUAUGUGUUGUUUCUUAUACAGGUAUUGGAACAGUGGACAGCCUGAUUCUGUGUGUUGUUUCUUCUACAGGUAUUGGAACAGUGGACAGUCUGAUUCUAUGUGUUGUUUCUUCUACAGGUAUUGGAACAGUCGACAGCCUGAUUCUAUGUGCUGUUUCUUCUACAGUUAUUGGAACAGUGGACAGCCUGAUUCUGUGUGGUGUUUCUUCUACAGGUAUUGGAACAGUGGACAGUCUGAUUCUAUGUGUUGUUUCUUCUACAGGUAUUGGAACAGUGGACAGCCUGAUUCUGUGUUGUUUCUCCUACAGGUAUUGGAACAGUGGACAGCCUGAUUCUGUGUUGUUUCUUCUACAGGUAUUGGAACAGUGGACAGCCUGAUUCUGUGUUGUUUCUCCUACAGGUAUUGGAACAGUGGACAGCCUGAUUCUGUGUUGUUUCUUCUACAGGUAUUGGAACAGUGGACAGCCUGAUUCUAUGUUUUGUUUCUUCUACAGGUAUUGGAACAGUGGACAGCCGGAUUCUAUGUGCUGUUUCUUAGACAGGUAUUGGAACAGUGGACAGCCUGAUUCUAUGUGUUGUUUCUUCUACAGGUAUUGGAACAGUCGACAGCCUGAUUCUAUGUGCUGUUUCUUCUACAGUUAUUGGAACAGUGGACAGCCUGAUUCUAUGUUUUGUUUCUUCUACAGGUAUUGGAACAGUGGACAGCCGGAUUCUAUGUGCUGUUUCUUAGACAGGUAUUGGAACAGUGGACAGCCUGAUUCUAUGUGCUGUUUCUUCUACAGGUAUUGGAACAGUGGACAGCCUGUUUCUGUGUUGUUUCUCCUACAGGUAUUUUAACAGUGGACAGCCUGAUUCUGUGUUGUUUCUUCUACAGGUAUUGGAACAGUAAAGAGCCUAAUGGUGGAAGAGCUGAGAACUGUGUGUAUUUCUACUCCUGGUCAUCAGACACAGGAGAAUGGUGG